GGCGGCAGCGCUUCAUCGCUGUCUCUGUUUGGAUAUUCCGAACCGGAAGUGCUUCUUUAUUUACUUCCACACAACAAACACGAUGGCGGCGACAGACGGAGAAAGAAACCAUGAAACAGGCCGACUGGAAUUCUCUCUGGUCGUUCCCUUCCCGUCGUCUCGUGAGGCCGUCAUCGCUCUGCGCUCUCUGUCGCCGGACCGCGAGCCGAGGAAAGGCGGGAUCAGCAAACAGCUGACGGUGACCGGCGGCACGCUGUCUGUGAGGUGGAGCGCCGACGAAGCUCGAGUCCUCAGAGUGUCUGUGAACUCGUUUCUGGAUCACCUGUCGCUCGUCAUAGAGACCAUGGAGAUGUUCGGUCCUCCCGUUCCCCAGUGACGCCUGACACACAGCUCUGUUUUCAUCCUCGGCGUCUGGACACUUCUGGCAGCUUAACGUGAAAUCAUUGUGAUGCUUUGCUUGUUUACGUGGAACACAGGAGACACUUCGACUGGCCGGGUUUGUAUUUAAACUUCUUUUGUAAAAAAAGAUGAAAAGAUGAAAGAAAAUCAACUUAAUUGUUGCUCGAAACAUUGUUCACUUUUUUAUAACAUCUUAUAGACGCAACUACUAACUCAUCCUUCAUGUUCCCGUCAGGAUGAAUGACUGCACUUCUAGCUCAACAUGUAAUGUGUCCAAUACUUUGUUUAUGAUGUCAUCCCACCAUCAGACCAGCAGAGGGCGCUGCAUGAUCAUUCAUAACAGUUGUUUUUCCCCUGAUUGUGUUGCAGUAAAAUGUCUCCUUUGUCUCAAGAGAGGACAAAUAAAAACGUUAAAGUCGUCA